GAGCGAGAGUAGUCGCGAAGGAAAAGGCUAGGGGGCUAGACGAAGGACGGGGCUGUUGGUUAAAAGAGAAGGGAGCAGUAGCAUAGAGAAGAGAAGGGAGGAGAGUGGAGAAUCAGCGACUGGUCAUGGUGUGCGUGAAACGUGAGGGGGCUGAUCCUCGACACAACACCUGAAAUGCCUGACGAAAGGCACAGCCCUGAGGCUGGUGCAUAGAAGUCGAGCGGAGCGGAUCCAAGCCGGUAGGGAGAGAGGCGAUAUCUCUGUCGAGCAGACAGGCAGCAGGCAGGCAGGCAGGCUGUUAGGCAGGGGCAGGAGCGGAGUGCGAGUGAACGAGCGAGGACGGCCCCGUCGUGCGCUCGCCUUUCGUCGCCGAUUUGUGUGGGUGCGUGUGGCGGGUGCGUGCGUGAGUGCGUGCACACUGGUAGGUACUUUCGAUUUCCAGCGACCGACGGGGUCCGCCGUUCGGUUCGCCGGCCAGGGGACGACAGGACGGCUCUCGGCCCUAGGAAGCGUACGGACGACGAUCUGCCUAACCAUGGAGUGAAAUAGUAGCCGGGUAGUCCAACGUAGUUUACCCGGAGAGUCCUGUCAGUUCAGUGCUUGUAAACGGUCUCGUUUGACCAGUCUCCUCCGAGCGACGAGAGAGGCUUAUCGAUCCGCGGACCGAAACCGGCGAUCUCUCUCCGUCGGAGUGUUCACCGAGCCACCCAGUAGCCACGGCUCAACGGACAGGACUGUCCCCGGCGAGAAGAAUGGAAUAAUAACACGCGUGUGCUCGUUGUCAACGGCCAGCCGGAAACGCGUGUUGUCGCGUAUGUAUAUACAUGUGUCGCAGGCAUCGUCUUAUCGACGAUCGGUCGGCGGCCGCCGUUCACGUCCAUAGUGUCCACGGGAGGUGUUCUCUCGUGAUCGAGCGCGAUGCCCGUGCGUCGUCUCUAAGGGAAAGAUAAACGUUGCCAGUAGCGAAUUCAUAGGCUGCCAGACAGGUAGAGGGACAGAGAAAGAGAAAAGACGAAGGGAGUCGGAAAGCGAGCGAGAGAAUCGCUAAGAGAGGGGGACGGAGAGAGAAAGACAGAGUGAGAGAGUUGUUCGUGGAGAAUCGGCCGCGCGUUUGCGAACGCGCCCAUCGCGCGUCCAACAUGGCUACCGCGAGCAACGCGACGACGGGCAGCGCCGGUGAAUCGAGCGGCAACAAUGUCGCCGUGCCACAGUGGAAAAGGGACUUGAUACAACGGCGCAGACAGCAGAACAAGGUUCUCGCGAGCAACGGUGCGAGCGUGAAGUUAUGUUCAGCUGUGAUCGGCUCGUCCGCGACGCCGGAACCCGCCGCUGACCCGUUGUUGUACAGUCAAGAGCAGUGUGUAGCCGGCAACGUGUCGUCGGCGAGAUCGCGCGCUAACACCGGCGAAGAGAACGCUGUCAACGGUCAUCCGAGUGUCUCGUCUGCUAACGUAGCAAGCGUUGCUGGCAGCGGCGGUGGUAGCGCCGCUGCCGGUGUCGUUGUAUCGUCUUCGCCGUUUCUAUGUAGAGGAACAGCCGGUGGCGCCACCGUCGCCACCGGAACGACCGCCGCUAACAGCCAAGCGGCAGCAGUCGCGUGCAACAUGCGUCUCGAGGCGGAUCUGUCGCUCUGCUCCGACUCGGAGGACGUCGCGAACGGCCCGCUGAGCAAGUCGUCGACGGACACGGAACGAAAAUCGGAACACGGUGACGGGUCCGAGAACGAGGACGCUGCCAAAUUACCCGGUGAGCAAGCGAACAACUCCGGCUGCGAGGAACGCCGCGGAGGAUCCACCUGUAGGACCAGUGGCAACAACAAAUCGGAGAGGGACGUUUUGGCCGAGUUGUCACGUUCCAAAGCGGAAAUGGCGAGAAAUCGGGCGGCCAGCGACGACGGGGAGAGCGACAGCUCAGAGGAGCUGCAGUAUGGGCCAGGUAUCGUGAACAAGUUGAAGAGCAAAUACCUAAAUCUUGCUCUCAGGGAGAUGAACAAGACCCGGGUGACGGUGCAACGGUUCCGGCGAGCAGCCAGCCUCGAGGAUCUGCUCGACUGCGACGACGAGCCUGGCGAGAAGACCGUGAGAAAGUACGCGAAGAGGACGAACGCGGCCGGGACCAAUGCGAAAACCGAGAGAUAUAGGAAUGCGUCGCGCGGUAAUGAAUCGAUGAAACGGGCUAGAAGCGUGGAGACGCUGAUGAGGUAUAAUGGAACUGAGGACAUAAAUAAUAGCCAUGGCCGGGUGGGACAGACGAACGGUUUGAAGCCGGAUCCCGUCAACGAUCAUAUUAUUCUGAUAGAUAGGUCCACCGUGAAGAUCGAGAGUCGGCUGACCGAGUUGGACAGGCCCAAAGCAGUCAACAAGCCGAAGAGGAUCAAGCCGCUCCUGGCGGAGACGGAAAGACCACCGCCGGAUCUAGUCAAGACUACUAUGAGGAUCUUCGAAGGGUCCGCGAAGAAGCUGAGACCUAAAGGCGAGGUCGCGGCGAAGGUGGCUACUUUUAAAACAAUCAACGACACCUUCAAAGCGCAAUCGCAGAAGAAGGUCGUAGCGAAACCACCGGUGCAACCGAAACCUUUCGUGAACGGUAACUCGAGGCCGAUGCCCGGCUCGCCGAAAAAGAUAGUUCUGCCUCAGAAGCCCACUGCUGAGCUGAUCGAAACCCAGAAGGGUCAGGAGGAGUACCACAUCGACGGCGUGAUCACGGAGCCCAUCGUGCAGUCGGUGUCUUCCGUGGUCAGCAAGUUCCAGCAGAUUGAGAAGUCGCAUUCCCCGUCCCCAUCGCCCGAGCCGUCUUUCAAGUUAAAGUUCUCGCCUGCACCUAGUCCGGAGCCCCAACAGAACAAACUAAAAUCCUCCUUGGAAAUAAGCGUCAAGUCCCCGCCCGUGACGCCCGUCCUAUCUCCCAGAAUCGCGUCGCCAAGGUUGCAGAGUCCUUCCUCUCCCAUGAAGGACAUAUUCAGGCAAAGUUCACCACUCCUCCUCAGUCCAUCCUCGCCGAUAAAGGACACGCCUAAACAGACGUCCAGUCCGAUUCAAAAGCUACCGCCAAGUCCCAGCAGGGAGCUGCUGAGACAGAUGUCCGCAUCGGAAACCAUGAAGGUCCCGCGACCGCAGGAGGACGCGUUGUUGAACUGCAGCGCAGAUCACCCGAGACAACAGAUUCCGGAGAGGAUACACAGUCCAACCGAGAAAGAAAAACAGGAUGAACCAAAAGUGCUGAUAGAGGACACCGUGUUUAGCGACGAGGACGCCGAGGAAGUGGUCGACGCGCCAAAGACUAUCUCGAAGACGGCAUUGGAGAACAUCGCGAAGACCGGUGUAACGAUGCAAUUUAGCUUCAGCGAUAAACCAACAGCGAACAAGAGCUACCUGCCCGGGUACACGCAGAACGGGCAGAAGCCAGGUGAUGAGCAGGCGGACGCUCGCAACGAGAAGUCGUCGGAAUCCAGGGGCAAGCCGUUUUUCACCGGGAACGCUUCCGCGAACGCUGUAACGGACCAGGAGGCGGUCUCCAGGCUGCAGGAGAGGCUGGAACCGGACAAGUGCGAUAGAAAGAUCGAGGACACUAAGGAAGACGCGGACGUGGAGGGGGACGCGAGGGGGAACGUCGAUGGCAAGCCGAUCGGAGCGAUCUGCAGCCUAGGUCUGAUCAAAAACAUCACCACCGCUUCCUACCCGCAAACCAACGAGUCGAAAACGAUAAGAUGCCAAAAGACGGCAGAGUCCCCGCCACAAAAGCAAAUCGGCAUCAUCAGACCGUUGGUCUCCACGAAGACACAGCAUCCGCAGCAAAACCUGAGCAACCGGGAACUGGAGAAGAAUCUGAUCAAUCGGGUGAAAAGCAUAGAACAGCCGACCAAGGUUGUGGUCAGCCUGAAGAGUGCCGAUGAGAUUCAGCCAGCAAAGAAGUCCGGGUCAGGCAGCGGUGGCCUGUGGGAGACCAAGCCGUGGAACCAGCAGAACAACACGAUGGUGUUCAAUUUCAGUAACCGGAAGGACGUGCCCGACUACAUCGAGAACGACGGAUUGAUCAUCAAGAGGAAGCGGGAGAAGCCGAAGGUCGGCGACGGUGGCAUUAUAGUGUUGGACGCAACGUUGGACGCGUCGACGACCGACGACGCCGAUUGGGAACUCGCUGGCGGACCACCCUCGCCCUGCGACGUGUCCUUCUUCAACGACAACGUCCUCAUCAACGGCCGCAGCAAUCUUUCGAGGACACCGCGGAAUCACAAGCACCGAAUACAAUUCGACGACACCGCCACCCGGACUUUCGAGUACCCCAGCGAGGCGUCGAUGCUGGAGGGCGAGAGUAGCGUGGAUGGCGAAACUUCCGGUUCCGUCGAGCAAUCAGCCCCGGUCACCAAUAAAACGUCCUCGACCAACUCGACGACGAGCAUGCCGACCCUACUCGGUGGUGGCGGUGGCCUAGCCAGUUACACGCCUAGCAAAGUGGAUUUGGCGUCGGAAGGGUUCGAGCUGGGUGUGACCAGGGCGGUGUGCUCGACGCCGACGCCAGCCUCGACCUCGAUAUCGGCGACAACCGCGCCGUCGACGCAGCAGUGCCAGCCGGAGAACGAUAUCGGCGAGGUGGACUACCUGAAACCAGCGCAAGACGCGGGCGCCUGGGGCUCCGAGACCACCGGCGAUCUUCUCUACUGAAGAGGACACCUAGCUAAGACACCAGGCCAGGACACCUGGGGAUCACGCUUAAGAAACACGGACGAAACCCGCGGGAAGCUCGAAGCCUCGAGACACGAAGAGGAGCUGCCCGAAGUCCGUGAACCGAAAAGACUUGAGAAUCGCGAAAGUAUUUUACUGUCGUUUCGUCUUACUUGUUUUUUUUCUUCCUUCUGCGUAAGAAACGAGCCUUCCACCGAUAGCAGGCGGUCCCUAGAGAGACCCACUGAUGCGCUAAAAGGUUUCUUCUUCGUUCCGGCGCCCGGCGACGAAUUAAUGCUCACGUGUAUCGAUAAGCGAUUACCAUUGCAACCUUUUCCUCUCCCUUUUCUCGCUCCUUCUCUCUCGCAGGAGAGGGAAGAGAGAAAACGCCUCGUUUGGCGGCGCGACGCAAUAACGGGAGGGGGAAAAUCAAAAGCGCCGGGACGAAGCCGUUUCGCGACGCCGGGAAACGCGCCGCGUGUCUCACUCUUUUUUUUUCGUAGGCAAUUAAGCGAGGAAAGAGAAUAUUAACAGUAUCAUUCCAAGUAUAUGCAUUUACUUUGUAUUACUACGAUAACGAAGUGAACAGACUUUUUCCUAAUUAACGAGUAAUCGAAACUGCCAAGGUACGUCAGUGCUUUUCAUUCUUCCUUUCUGUCUUUGUUUUUUCCUUGUUCUUUUUUUUAUAUGAUAUAAUUGUUAAGCACUUUACACGGAGAGCCCAGUGAUCGGUGAACGUUUAUAUUAGGGGCGGGCAGAUGAAAGGAAAAAAGAUGUGAAGAGAAAAAAAAGAGAAAAAAAAUAUACGGAUCAUAUCACGUUUUUUGGCACAUUUUAUAAGAAAAGAAAAAAACCGGGAGAUGUCGAUGACAAUGAAACUGAACGUUUUUUGUAACCUUUUUGAGAUUACUUUAAUCCUAAGCCGUUUACACGUUCGUGCUGCCAGUCAAAAGGCCAGAAUUUUAUGCGAGAUUUUUUAAGGGAAUUACAAAGGGAAAUAAAAUGGAACGAUAGAAUAAGGAGGCGAAGCUUGCUCGAAUGGAAAAGAGCCGAAGAGGAAACGGGAAACACUCGAGUUUAGAUUUGUAAAAGUUUUUGCCAAAGUAGAACGUAAGUCUACUUAGUAUACUUAAUGUAUGUUGUACGAUAAGUGAAAGUUUCUGUCCAGGGAAUAAUAUGUAACAAUUGUAAAUUCCAAAAAAAUCAUUAUUUAUACUGAGGGUAUGCUGUAAACCGUACUAAUAUUUCUUACGAAUGCUCAAUGGUUCGUUCAUACUUCAGUGUAGAUAUACAUUUAUACGCGUGUACGAUCGUGUUCGUUCCGUUUUCGUUUCUUAUUAUUUCGACGAGGACCAAACAAAAAAAAAGAGAAUGUUAAUGAAUAUUGUAAUGUUUCGAGAAAUGUUUUUCUUUGGGGAGGAGAGCCCCGUAUUCGUUUCGAUUAUCAGUGUUAAUUUUAAGGAAAUCAAAUUUUGUACAUACUAAAUUAUUAUCGGCCUCGGAGCAGCUCGGAGUGUUGCUCCUUCGUUCGAUGAGUUCGCGCGAAAAUUGAAUCGCUCCGAGGCCGAUCGUUCUGCGUGUAACUCUUUGUUUCUAUUCGUUGUUUGUAAUUGCGUUCCGAAAUAGUAACACACGUCGAAAUUUCGUGGAACCGCGUUUAAUUGUUUCCUAGUAUGAUUGCGGCAGUAUGGUGGAUUUAAUUAGAACUUUAAUCGCGUGAUCGCGGACUGAUUCAAGAAAAAAGGGCAAAUGUCCGAUACGAUAAUGAUGGUGAUGAUGGUGAUGAUGAUGAUGAUGAUGAUGAUGAUGAUGAUGAUGAUGAUGAUGAUGAUGAUGAUGAUGAUAAUGAUGAUGAUAAUGAUGAUGAUGAUGAUGAUGAUGAUGAUAAUGAUGAUGAUGAUGAUGAUGAGGAUGAUGAUGGUGAUGAUUAUGAUGAUGAGGAUGAUGAUGGUGAUGAUUAUGAUGAUGAUAAACUAACCAGGUGCAUUUAUACACCGAAGCAACAACUGUGUUCCAUUUUUCCGUCGCUGUAUUCUAGAUGCUAAAUAAUUCCGGCUACCAUUCGCGUAUCGCGCAACGUAACGUCGUUUUCUAUUUAAUUACACGUUAGCGUUAAAUCGAUGCUUGAUGGGUCUGUGUCACAGCGUUGCAUUUUACACUGUGAUAUUUUUUUUUGUUAUCUCCUUUAUUCAUUUCCUAGUAUCGACAUACAAUUGCUUCCCAAUCAUUCAUGGAACAGUGCCGUGUCGACCGCUCAGUUUCAAUUACCACAUGUACUGGUUAGAGCGGAGUAAACGAGAUUACGAUCGUGGACACAUACCGUAUUCAGGGUGUCUCGGCUCUUUUAUUUGUUAAUUACCUAUUUCGGUCGAUCUGAUUAAAGCGUCGAUGUAAUCUCGCUGCUCCGGUCGAGGGAACUCCGUAUUAUUUUUGUAAAUUAUCGCUGUACAGUAUGGAAAGGCAUCGUCGUUCAAGCCAAGGAUUAAAGAAGAACAUUAGUAUUAUGCUUUAAGAUUAUUAUUAUUAAUAUUAUUAUUAUUCUCAUUAUUAUUACACUUAUGAUUAUUGUUACGAUUAUCUGAAGCUUGAAUCUACAUUACCUUAUUGAGUAUACUUACCAGUUAGAAGUAUUGUGUGAUGUAUCGUCUGUGUGUUACAAGGUAUUCAAGUAAUAAAAUGAAACAAUUACGCCCGAA